CUUCGAACUUCCUUCUCCGGCUGACGAGGCGGCUCCUUCGCGGCUCAUCCGCUCGCGGAUGUUUCCGCCGCGCGCCAGUUUUCCGCCCGUGAUUUUUCCACGCGCACGAGUUUCGCUUGGAAAUUCUCCCUGUGAAGAUUCUUUGCGUUUACAAAUUCGUCUUAUUCUCCUUCGAAGAAAGUUUUCUCCUCUCACGUCAUUCGCAAAGCUUUUGUCUCCGAGCUUGGUGGAUCUAUCGUGGAUGAAUCUGCUAAUCGUGAGAGAAGUGUGAAGAGGGUGCUACUAUUUGUGAUGAGAUAAACUCAAAGCGUGAUUAGUGUUAUGCUCAUGUUUCGCAUCUUAAAACUCAAGGGAAGGAAGGAUCGACGUGUCUGCAAAGGACCAAGAGACGUAACAAGGAUGCGAUGCUUUAGAAGAAGAAGAUAAACUGAGCAUGAUUGAUGACCGCAACAACUGCCUGGUCAGUUGGAGGCAGCCGAGACCGUCGGGAUAUCUGGCGUUGGAACCGCGCCGCGUGCUUUGGAAAAGUUGGCGAGUCCAAGGUGAUUGCGAUUUAGAUGGAAAUAGCCAAGCGGGAAUAAAUUUGAUCGCGAGGGCUACGUCGUCGGCAAACGAGAAACGAGAGACGAUCAGCAACGGAAUUCGCCGUCGCGCCUCCUGCGGUUUAACCGAUUUCAGAAUGCAGCGGUAUGCGUCGUAGCGAGUCGCGUCCAGGAAAAUGCUGAAGGAAGUUGGCUGUGGGAGCACUACGCCUCCGCCGGGGGACGGCGGGGGAGCAAAUAGUCGGCAGGUCGGCGCGAACGAAGGCGGCGGCGGCGGCAAUAGUGGCGGCGGGAGCGGCGGGGGCGGCAGCACCUCGGAGGGUGCUCUCGGUUGCGGAGGCUGCGGAAGGGAGAUCGCUGAACGCUGGUAUCUAAGGGCGGCCGAUCGCGCAUGGCACUGCGGCUGCCUGCACUGCUGUCACUGUCGGCUCCCCCUGGCCGCCGAGCUCACCUGCUUCGCCAGGAACGGCAACAUCUACUGCAAGGAAGAUUACUAUAGAUUAUUCGCAGUGUCGCGAUGCUCGCGAUGCCGUGCCGGUAUCUCCGCCUCGGAACUGGUGAUGCGGGCGCGUGAUCUGGUGUAUCAUGUGGCAUGUUUCACUUGCGCCUCGUGCGGCACCCCGCUGAACAAAGGCGAUCAUUUCGGUCAGCGGGACGGACUCGUGUAUUGUAGACCACACUACGAGUUGCUGUGCUGCGCCGGGGAUUACGCGGGUGCUGCCGGCGGCAUCGAGGACCUCGGCUCGCCAGGGGUGUCGCCGCUUCCGGCGUACUACGAGCAGAGCCCGAUAACCUCUUCCAGCACCGUGCAGAAAGGCCGGCCGCGGAAGCGGAAGCUAUCGGAAGUCACCGGUUCUGAACUUCCCGUCACAAUGAGACUGGCCGCUGGCGCGCUCGAACUGCUGCAUCCCACGGAGCUGUCCUCAUCGAUGGAGUCGCUGUCGGCGUACGACGCGUCCGUGGGCUCUCCGGGACCGGUGCACCAGAGCCAACGAACGAAGCGUAUGCGCACCAGUUUCAAACACCAUCAGUUGCGAACCAUGAAGAAUUAUUUUGCGAUAAAUCAAAAUCCGGAUGCCAAGGAUCUCAAGCAGCUCGCGCAGAAGACCGGUCUGUCCAAGAGGGUGCUGCAAGUGUGGUUUCAAAACGCGCGGGCGAAAUGGCGACGGAACUUGAUGCGGCAAGACGGUGGCAACGCCGGCAGUAACGUCGGCUGUUCCGGGACGCCGGUGUCAUCCAGCACCGGCAAUUCUCCAAACGUUGGCCCGGCCGCCAGCAUCCUUGGCGAUAGCAACAGCAUGCCCUCGACAUCCAUGGAGGAGCUGCACGCCCUUCAUCAUCUGCACUCGGGUGUCUCCUCUCAGGUCUCCUUCUCCGACCUGUACUGACGACGGCUUGAAAUGGACGAGGACGCUUACAGCAGCCUCUCCAGCCAUCUCGGAUGAGGGAUUAUUGCACUUCCUCGAAAAUCGACCGACCGCGAAGAACUCGGCGAGUCGAUGACACUCGCAUCCAUCAUAGUUUUU